GAGGGAGCUUUAUGAAGGAAUCCGUCUUGUAAAGCCAUUGGUCCUGGUCAUCAGCCUCUACCCAAUGCUUUCGUGAUGCUGCUGCUGAUCUAUUUGGGAAGUUGGCUGGCUGGCGAGGCAGAGCCUCUCCUCAAAGCCUGGCUCCCACGGAAAAUAUGCUCAGUGCAGCCGCGUGCAUGAAUGAAAACGCCGCCGGGCGCUUCUAGUCGGGCAAAAUGCAGCCGCGAACUCCGCUCGUUGUGUGCGUUCUCCUGUCCCAGGUGCUGUUGCUAACAUCUGCAGAAGAUUUGGACUGCACUCCUGGAUUUCAGCAGAAAGUGUUCCAUAUCAAUCAGCCAGCUGAAUUCAUUGAGGACCAGACAAUUCUAAACUUGACCUUCAGUGACUGUAAGGGAAACAACAAGCUACGCUAUGAGGUCUCAAACCCAUACUUCAAGGUGAACAGCGAUGGCGGCUUAGUUGCCCUGAGAAACAUAACCGCAGUGGGCAGGACUCUGUUCAUCCACGCGCGGACUCCCCAUGCGGAAGACAUGGCAGAGCUCGUGAUUGUCGGGGGCAAAGACAUCCAGGGCUCCUUGCAGGAUAUAUUUAAAUUUGCAAGAACUUCUCCUGUCCCAAGACAAAAGAGGUCCAUUGUGGUAUCUCCCAUUUUAAUUCCAGAGAAUCAGAGACAGCCUUUCCCAAGAGACGUUGGCAAGGUAGUCGAUAGUGACAGACCGGAAGGGUCCAAGUUCCGGCUCACUGGAAAGGGAGUGGAUCAAGAGCCUAAAGGAAUUUUCCGAAUCAAUGAGAACACGGGUAGCGUCUCGGUGACACGGUCCUUGGAUAGAGAAAUGAUCGCUACUUACCAGCUAUUUGUGGAGACCACUGAUGUCAAUGGCAGAACUCUCGAGGGGCCGGUGCCUCUGGAAGUCAUUGUGAUUGAUCAGAAUGACAACAGACCAAUCUUUCGGGAAGGCCCAUACGUCGGCCAUGUCAUGGAGGGGUCACCAACAGGGACCACGGUGAUGCGGAUGACAGCCAUCGAUGCGGACGACCCGGCCACCGAUAAUGCCCUCCUGCGGUAUAAUAUCCGUCAGCAGACGCCUGACAAGCCGUCUCCCAACAUGUUCUACAUCGAUCCUGAGAAAGGAGACAUUGUCACCGUUGUGUCACCUGCACUGCUGGACCGGGAGACUCUGGAAAAUCCCAAGUAUGAGUUGAUCAUCGAAGCUCAGGAUAUGGCUGGACUGGACGUUGGAUUAACAGGCACAGCCACAGCCACCAUCAUGAUCGAUGACAAAAAUGAUCACUCACCAAAAUUCACCAAGAAAGAGUUUCAAGCCACAGUGGAGGAAGGAGCCGUGGGAGUUAUUGUCAAUCUGACAGUCGAAGACAAGGACGACCCCGCCACGGGUGCAUGGAGGGCAGCCUACACCAUCAUCAACGGAAACCCAGGCCAGAGCUUCGAGAUCCACACCAACCCGCAAACCAACGAGGGGAUGCUUUCCGUUGUCAAACCUCUGGACUAUGAGAUUUCUGCCUUUCACACCCUGCUGAUCAAAGUGGAGAACGAGGACCCACUGGUGCCCGAUGUCUCCUAUGGCCCCAGCUCCACAGCAACUGUCCACAUCACCGUCCUGGAUGUCAACGAGGGUCCAGUCUUCUAUCCAGACCCCAUGAUGGUGACCAGGAGGGAGAACAUCUCCGUGGGCAGCGUGCUGUUGACCGUGAACGCCACGGACCCCGAUUCCCUGCAGCAUCAAACCAUCAGGUAUUCUGUGUACAAGGACCCAGCGGGCUGGCUGAAUAUUAACCCCAUCAAUGGGACUGUCGACACCACAGCUGUGCUGGACCGUGAGUCCCCAUUCGUCCACAACAGCGUCUACACUGCCCUCUUCUUGGCGAUUGACAGUGGCGACCCUCCGGCAACGGGCACCGGAACUUUGCUGAUAACCCUGGAAGACGUGAACGACAACGCUCCCUUCAUUUACCCCACGGUAGCCGAAGUCUGUGAUGAUGCCAAAAACCUCAGUGUAGUCAUUCUGGGCGCGUCGGAUAAGGAUCUUCACCCAAACACAGAUCCUUUCAAGUUUGAAAUCCAUAAACAAACUGCUCCUGAUAAAGUCUGGAAGAUCUCCAAGAUCAACAGUACACACGCCCUGGUAAGCCUUCUUCAAAAUCUGAACAAAGCAAACUACAACCUGCCCAUCAUGGUAACAGAUUCAGGGAAACCACCGAUGACGAACAUCACAGAUCUCAGGGUACAAGUGUGCUCCUGCAAGAAUUCCAAAGUGGACUGCAACGCCGCGGGGGCCCUGCAUGCCAGCGUGCCUGCGCUCUUGCUCCUCUGCCUCUUCAGUUUGGCUUGUCUGUGAGGACUCCUGGCAUCUGAAGCUUGACUCCCAGGUUUCCAUAGCAACAGGAAAAAGAAAAAAAAAAUCUAUCCAAAUCUGAAGAUUGCGGUUUACAGCUAUCGAACUUCACAACUAGGCCUCAAUUGUUCCAGAUUUUUGUUUUCUUUGCAAUUUCAUUUAGUCUGUACUUCAUCAUUUUGACAGCAUCUCCCUUCCUUGUUUAAUUAAUGGAAUCCUCUGAAUUUUCUCUUGACUGUUUAAAGAUCAUGACAUAUAACUUGACCUUCUGAAAGCAGGAACAAUGACUACUUUUUCCGAUGUGUUGACAUGUCGCUAGCCAGUGCUCCACGCACCCAAUUGUGUCUGUGGGUUGGUAUUUGUAUAUGUAUGAGUAUCUGUAUGUGUGUAUAUACAUGGUAUGUAUAGAGAGACUAUACCAGGGUUUACAAGGAGGGGGCGGACACUAGGACAGCUGAACCCUCUGGGCCCGGCAUCAAGACAGGCCACAGAGCUGUCGCUUUUCCUCUGAAGCUGCUUCUCCACCGUCCCAUCCAGUCUGGACGACCAGCCAGGCAGGGCCACAGGGAGGGAGAGAGGAAGAAGUCCUUUCUCUUUAUCUCACAUGAGGACUACAACCAGUCCCCACUGCCACCCUAUGCCGUGAUCCUGAGCCACGGCAGGCGGAGCAGAGCAGGAAAUGUCACCUUAAAUGCCCAGAAAGGGGCUGAAAUAUUGUUUCCUGGGCAUCAAUCUGCAUUUGUAUGAGUCCCGAAGUCGCAGAUCCCCUGAUUCUCAUGGGGACACAGAUGACAGUAGAGAAUCUCUCCCUCCUCAGCAUAGGUACAACCACAAAGUCAUCUCGGAGGUCACACGUGCACAGGAAGAGGUCUACAGGUACCAUCUUGUAUACACAUAUACACCCACAUGUACAGACAUACAUUUAUGCACAUACACUCCGUUCGUUUCAUAUAUACAUGCAUUAAAAUAGAGUAAAUACAGGUAGUUUUAAAAGUACCCUUUUGUGUGAAUCGACUACCGUUGUUUGCAAACCUGAAAAUAAAAGAUGUUCAUUAUGUAUGAAAAAGUAACUGAUUUUUAUUCUGUGAGCAUGUAGAAGUAAGAGGAAAGUUAGUGCUUGUACUAAGAUUAUCUUCUUGUUGAUAAACUGUAAAUGAAUCAUCAAAGCUCACACCAAAUUUUUCUAUCAAAUAAAACUAGUGACAGCCUGUGGCUUUUUGUUAGAGCUCGCCACAAACUAGGGUAAGGUAAGUGUCUUAGCAUAUUUUAAUGCAAUUGCUUACUAAAGGUUUUAACCACACACAUACACACACAUACACACACACACACACGCACACGCUUUCUUAUGCAAUCUAUGUUUGCACUUGUGCUUUUCAGUUAGCCUUCUGUAGGAAGUAGAAGUCAUAUGUUGUCUUCGUUAUAGUGAAAUUAUGCAGAUAGAGUUCCAUAUAUUGUAUUUGUUUCAAUAGUAAAUCUUUUUGGAGCAUAUAGAAUGAAGAGAUUUUUUUUUCCAUUAAAAUAAAUGGGUAUUGGUGGUUAAAACUGCU